UUGAUUUUGUAUUUCGUAAAAUACAGGCACAUGAUUGAGGUUACUAAGAAUAUACCAAGUCCACCAUAUUUGCCACUUGUGGGACAUGGCCAUCAUUUUGUGGGCAAAGAACCCCAUGAAAAUGUCCGAACAAUGUACGAAUUUGCCAGCAAGUAUGGAUCCACGAUUAAGGUGUGGCUCGGUACCGAGUUGAAUAUAUUGACGUCCGACCUGAAGGACGUCGAAGUAGUAUUGGGCACAACACGCUUCAACGACAAGGCCCACGAGUACCUUACUUUGGAACCUUGGCUGAAAGAGGGCUUGCUAACUAGUCGCGGCAAAAAGUGGCAUUCUCGCCGAAAAGUUCUUACACCGGCAUUCCACUUCAAAAUUCUGGAAACAUUCAUUGAGAUCUUUGAAAGGGAAUCCCGAGCACUGUUGACCAAUUUAGACAAAGAGUAUCGCAUGCAAUCGAUAUCGACGCACGGAUUUGAUCUGUACAAUUGGGUGAAUUUGUGCACUUUGGACACGAUUUGUGAAACUGCCAUGGGUGUUUCUGUCAAUGCGCAAACGAAUGCCGAUUCGGAAUAUGUGAGAGCUGUUAAAACCAUCGCCAUGGUAUUGCACAAACGAAUGUUUGACAUUUUGUGUCGCUUCGAUUUGACCUACCGUUUCACUAAAUUGGCCCGCGAAGAAAAGAAGGCUUUGGCCGUUCUGCAUGGUUUCACCGAAAAAGUGAUUAUACAGAGGCGAGAAGAGCUUUUGAAAUCACAACAAAUUAAACGAGACGACAGCACCAAUGAAACUGGGUCCAAAAGAAAAAUGGCCUUCCUUGACAUUUUACUGCAAUCCGAAGUGGACGGCAAGCCAUUGACUAAUUUGGAUAUACGAGAAGAAGUGGACACCUUUAUGUUUGAGGGACACGAUACAACGUCGUCAGCUGUUACAUUCUGUUUCUACAAUUUGGCACUGUAUCCGGAAUGCCAGCAAAAAUGUUUCGAGGAAAUUAUCCAGGUCAUGGGAAAAGACAAGUCGAAGCCGGUAACCUUUGAAGAUCUGAAUAACUUACAUUAUGUGGAUUUGUGUAUCAAGGAAACGUUACGCAUGUUUCCCUCGGUACCGCUGUUGGGCAGAAAAGUAACAGAAGAGUGUGAAAUAAAUGGCAAAAUCAUUCCAGCUGGAACAAACAUUGGCAUUUCUCCACUGCAACUGGGUCGUUUGGAAGAGUUAUUCCCCGAACCGAAUGUCUUUAAACCGGAAAGAUUCGAAGCCGGUUACAGUACCGAACGAUUAAGUCCCUAUGCCUAUAUUCCGUUCUCGGCCGGACCACGUAAUUGUAUUGGACAAAAAUUUGCCGUAUUGGAAAUAAAAACCAUUUUGGCCAAUGUUCUACGACACUAUGAGGUGGAAUAUGUUGGCGACAAGGAAGAGGAACUGCCGUUGAUAGCGGAAUUGAUAUUGAGAACCAAGGAUCCUUUAAUGUUUAAAAUAAAACCCAGAGUUUAUUAA